AUGCUGGCCCCGGGUCUGACAGCAACCCUCAACUCGGACGGCUCGAUCAUCCUCACUUGGUCUGCGCCCGAUGACGGCUCAGUAACCGGCUACCAUGUCCUGUUGCGCAGGCCCAAGGAGGGCGAGGAAACUCUCAUCAUUUACGUCUCCGAGAUGGGCAACACCGCGACCACCUAUACGGACACCGGUACCGACCUGAAUGCCAGUACGAUUCACGUCGGCGGCACCGGCGUCGCCUUGCUUCGGGGCGGUUCGGGCCGACCGGUGCUGGUGCUACACGAGGAGCUGGGACACCCCGGCUGGCUCUCUUGGCACGACGACCUAGCCCAGGACCAUUCACUGCUGGUGCCGGUGCAUCCGGGAUUCGGUCCGCUCCCCCGGGCCGACUGGAUUAGCAGCGUCCGAGAUCUGGCCGGUUUCUAUUCGCGGAUGCUGCGGGAGAUGGCCCUCGGGCCGGUGGGCGUAAUCGGCUUCUCUCUGGGCGGGUGGAUUGCCGCCGAGAUGGCGGCGGCCAACUCCGGCCAGUUCCGCCGCAUGGUGCUGGUGGCCCCCACUGGUCUGAGGCCGGGGGAAGGCGAGAUUAUGGACCUGUUCGUGGUCACAGCGCGAGCGUAUCUGGACGCCAGCGUCCACGACGCCUCGGCCACGCCGGAGUUUGCAUCCCUCUACGGCAGGGAGGAGACGCCGGAACAGUUCGAGGCUUGGGAGGACGCGCGGGCUGAGUCGGCCCGUCUGGCCUGGAAGCCAUAUAUGCACAAUCCCAGCCUGCCCAGUCUGCUGCAAGGCGUGCAGGGACUGCCCACCUGA